GUAGCCAGACCAGUGCCAGGGUUGUCGUACUAUCAAAGCGACGAAACACGUGUGUGUGCGCAUUCUUUUUUGUGUGAACGAGCGUGGGGCUAGGAACUAAACGGAUCGAAAAUAUAGAGAAAUAGCUGAAACAAUCAUGACGGACCUGCUGAAGAUUACUGAUGCAAUCGUUCUGGAGUACCUGCAAUCCAAGGACAAGAACCUGGCCAAGGUUUACCAGCAGAAGACGAAGGCGGCCAACGUAGCUAAGAGCACGCCAAAGCUGAUAGAGAUUGUACAGUUCUACCAGACCAAGAGCACCACCAAGAUCCCGGCCGUCAAAGUAUCAGCGGCUGACAGUAGCGAGGACAGCGACUCGGACUCUGAGGCGGAAACGGCCCCCAAGAAGCCAGCAGCGGCUGCACUGACAAAUGGCAAAUCCGCCAAGCCGCAGGCCUCCUCCAGCAGUGAAGACAGCAGUUCCGAGGAAGAGAAGAAGCCAGCGACAAAGACCACGCCAGCCAAGGCAGCUCCAGCUGUUAAAAAGGCAGAUUCCUCCAGCGAGGACAGUUCCUCGGAAGAUGAGGCACCCAAGAAGGUAGCACCAGCAAAGCCGAUUGUUGCCAAGAAGGCAGCCUCGAGCAGCGACGACAGCAGUUCGGAGGAGGAGAAGAAACCAGCGCCUAAGGCUACACCGGCUAAGGCUACACCGGCUAAGGGUGCACCAGCCAAAAAGGCUUCAUCCUCAAGUGAGGAAAGCGACUCCAACGACGAGCCGGCAGCCAAGAAGCCUGCCGCUAAACCCGCCGCUUCCAGCAGCGAGGACAGCGAUUCCGAUGAUGAUAAGCCCGCAGCAAAGGCACCGGUCAAGGCGACUCCGGCCAAAAAGGCGGCUUCUUCCAGCGAAGACAGCUCCUCGGAAGACGAGACACCCAACAAGGCGGCUGCUCCAGCCAAGGCCUCGCCGGCCAAGGCUGCUCCCACCAAGAAAGCUGACAGCUCCAGUGAAGACAGUUCUUCAGAAGACGAAGCACCCAAAAAAGCAGCACCAUCUAAGGCCCCUCCUGCCAAGAAGCCUGCUUCUUCCAGUGAGGACAGCGACUCCGACGACGAGCCGGCAGCCAAGAAGCCUGCGGUCCAACCUGCCGCUAAACCUGCAGCUAAACCCGCCGCUUCCAGCAGCGAGGACAGCGAUUCCGAUGAUGAUAAGAAGCCCCCAGCAAAGGCUCCGGCCAAGGCGACUCCUGCCAAGAAGGCGGCUUCUUCCAGCGAGGACAGCUCCUCGGAAGACGAGACUCCCAAGAAAACUGUUGUCCCGCCAAAGCCGACACCAGCCAAAAAGGCCGAUUCAUCCAGCGAGGAUAGCGAUUCUGACGAGGAGGAGGCUCCUAAGAAGCCGGCUGCUAAGCCUGCUGCAAAGGCAUCUUCCGUCAAGAAAGCCGAAUCCGAGGACUCGUCAGAAGAUAGCGACAGCUCCGCGGACAAAAAGCCUGCCAAGACUGCUGCUCCCAAGGCACCGGCCAAGGCUGCCACCUCGAGCAGCGAGGACUCUAGUGACGAUGAGACACCGGCUGUGAAGCCAGCUGUCAAGAAGACCGCUGCCCCUGCUAAGGCGGCAAAGAGCAGCAGUGACGACUCUAGCGAAGAAUCCGGCGAGGUGAAGCCCGCGGCGGUAGCCAAUGGCGCAGCGAAGCGCAAGUUUAGUGGGGGCGACCAGGACGAGGACACUCCCAGCAAGAAGUACAAUAACUUCGUCAAAUCGGGAGAACAGCAGAAGAAUAGUUUCAACUCCACACCCAACAACAACAAAAGCUGGAACAAUCAGUUAAACAACAGCGGAGGGGGAAGUGGCCGCAGAAGGUCACCCUUCCGGCGGGUUCGCACCGAGGAGGUGCUCGUGGACACCCGUGUCCAGGACAUGUCAUUCGAGGCGAAGGACGGCUUUAAGAAGCACAACAACGGACGCGGAGGCAGGGGUGGAUCUGGCUUCGGCGGACGUCCGGACCGUAGCUCCUGGAUGACCAACAAGAAUAAUGGUGACGAUGGCGGCGAGGGAGGUGGUUUCAAGAAAAUUGGUGAUCGCAAGAGCUUCGGAGGCUUUGACAACAACCAGCGUGGUGGCCGCGGAGGACGGGGCGGUGGCGGUCGCGGCGGUGGAGGUGGCUUCGGAGGACGCGGAGGUGGAGGCCGUGGAGGCGGUGGUGGCUUCGGUGGACGCGGUGGCGGCGGCCGUGGGGGUGGCGGUUUUGGCGGACGUGGAGGUGGUGGCCGUGGGGGCGGACGUGGCGGUGGAUUCGGUAACAAAUCCUUCGAUUCGUCGGCGCCAAAGCCAAACAAAAAAAUCACGUUCGACAAUUAGAGCUAGUUAAGUUAAGUUAACGCCAUUCACCUGCAAGCACACACACCCUAGAUGCAGUUAUGUUAUCGAAUUAACCUGUUUAUAUUAUUUGUAAACCACGAUAGAAAAACGCAGCCGGCUCUUGGGGUGAACGAGCCAAUAAAGACCUGAAGCACACGCGCGGAAAGUCGUUCAAACAUGAGAAAACCAAGAAGAAGCGUGGCAGUUACCGAGG